CUUCCGUCUAAACCGGAAGUUGACGUUCAGGUGGUUACUAUGUGUAGGUAGGGGAUUGUUUUCUUUGGGCGAUCCGGGCUUUUCCCGCAGAGGGAGGAGAUUCCUCCUCCUUUUCCUCCGGCCGGGAAUCGCCGAAAUGAUCAUUUUUUGCCAUGAAUAGAGAUCUAAUAAGGUGGCUGAGCCAGUAUUUGCCAUGGCAUCUGAACUCUGUAAAACGAUAUCAGAAGCAAAGCUAGAAAGGCACAAGAAUUUAUUCUUGAACUAUCGAAAUCUUCAUCAUUUUCCUUUAGAAUUGCUGAAGGAUGAAGGUCUGCAGUACUUGGAGAGAUUAUAUAUGAAAAGAAAUUCCUUAACUACCUUGCCAGAAAACCUUGCCCAGAAACUUCCAAAUCUUGUCGAACUAUACCUGCAUUCAAAUAAUAUUGUUAUUGUUCCAGAAGCGAUUGGUUCUUUGGUUAAACUGCAGUUUCUGGACUUGAGUGAUAAUGCUCUCGAAAUUGUAUGCCCAGAGAUUGGGCAUUUGCGAUCUCUACGCCAUCUUCGAUUAGCUAAUAAUCAGCUAAAAUAUUUGCCAGCAGAGCUCGGAGACCUUAAAGAGCUGCAGACGCUGGAUGUCUCAGCCAAUCAUUUGAUAACCUUGCCUGAAAAACUGCACAGGUGCCACUCUCUGCAGUACCUCACUGCUGACCAGAAUCAUCUCUGGUACGUCCCUCGCCAUCUUUGCCAGCUUCCCAGUCUCAAUGAGUUGUCCAUGGCAGGAAAUCAGCUUGCUUACUUGCCUCUUGAUUUAGGUCGUUCCCGGGAACUGCAAUAUGUUUAUGUGGAUAACAACGCUCACCUUAAAGGUCUCCCUUCUUACCUUUACAACAAAGUCAUUGGCUGUAAUGGCUGUGGUUCUCCUCUUCAGAAAUCAGAGCUGCAGCUUCUGUCCUUUUCAUCGGGACAGUUGACGGUUUUCCUCCCGGCAGAGGUGAAGCUGAUAGGGACGGAACUGGACCACGUGCUCCCCUUGCAGGAGACGGCCAUGAGGACCUUAUAUAACACAUACUGCAAGUCUCUAAAAGAUUUGAAGUUCAUGACUCCGAUCUCAUUACCCAGAAGCCUCCUGGAUUUGCUGCACUGCCCUCUGGGACACUGCCACCGUUGCAGUCAGCCCAUGUUUACUAUUGUCUAUCCAAAGCUCUUUCCCUUAAGAGAGACACCAAUGGCUGGAUUACAUCAGGGGAGAACAAGAGUCAGUUUUGUGGCAUAUUGCUGCUCCACCCAGUGUCUGCAGACCUUUGACCUAUUGAGCUGAUAAAUACUUAAAGGUAUUCAGAAGUGGUGCCAGCUUCAAAGCAGCAUUAGACUGUGGCUCCUAACCAGACUGGAAUAUGUGAUUGCAUGUGCCAAAGGAGCUGGAGGCAUGCCCCAACUGGGAACUCGAAGAACCACUUGAGACCUGGGCUCUUAUUAAAUCUGGACAAAAGGCAGAAGUUUCUCGUGGAAACCAUCGUGAUUGUCCAGCUUUAGAAAAUGUUUAACACCUUCCUCCCCGAGCAGAAGAUCAAGCAAGCAAACAAUCAAAGACCCAGCUGGACACUUUCAAAACUUGUACUUCUGAUUCAAGUUGCAUUUUAUACUUCACUUGGGCUGCAUGGGCAAUCUCAGUUAGUGUGGGGUUUUUUUAAUGAUACCUUUGCAGUCCUUGUAACUUUUGCAAUUAUUUCCCUGCUUGAUUUCCUGUUACUGCUCUCUUGAGAAGCAGCCAUUUCAGGUAGCCAUUCAUUCAUGCUAGUGAGGUUUUUUUUCUUCCCUACUUUCCAUUAAGGAUCCAAUACAUUUUCUUUCUCUCCCCCCGUCCGAACUGAUGUUUUGAUAGUGACUUGAUUUUAAGUCAUGCUCAAGAAAUACCUUGCGCACAUUAUUUCUGCUCUGGGGACUGCUUCUUAGAAUUUUUGUACUUAAACAGCUCAGAAAUCUGCCACUUAACACUUUGGGGGGGGGUGGAAAGGGGGGGAGCUCAACUCCUAAAUGGUUUACAUAUUUGUUGUUAGCAUCCUUAUCAGCUGCAGUUGCUUGCAAGUUUGAUCUGUUGAAUUCUUUGUUCGUUCAUAGCUAGGAAUUUGAAAAGUUCAAAUAUUUUUUUAAAAAGUGGCAUGGUGUAGAAGGUUAGGAACAGAAGGUCAGGUGCAUGGCCAGGGUUAAUGAGAGCUCAUACAUGUUUUUGACGCCAGAAAGAAAUGCCCCCUUCCCUUUAUGAUUUCACCACCACCCCUGCAAGCUGUCUUAAAGAACAAUUCCAUUAAAUUCGGGUUAAAGAGCACGUAUUAUGAACAAUGGGGUUGGUAGAAUUCUGAAUAGUACAGCUACAAUGAAUGGUCCUUGAGAUGGGGCAUACCUGUGCCAUGUAAAGCAAUAUCUAAACAUAACAGCUAAAGGAAAACAUGAAUCCUUUCACCCGAAUUUUCUAAAGUACAGUAAAAAAAUACUGUAAAAUACAGUAAAAAUAUCUGCCUGCGCUUUGAAAUGGGUACCCUUCAAAAUUCAACCAUCUCUGUCGGUGACAAGUCACGUUCUUGUUAUAGCUACUCCGCAGGAGUGUCUAAGAAUUCUAUAGGUCUCUUCAGAGGUCCUCAACACUUCUGAAGACAGGAAAAGCAGAACAGUGAGAAAUUUGGCUGUCUCGCCCUUUGUAAGCCCUUUGUAACGUUCUACUCUCCUAGGAAGAGGGCAGAUUCUAAGCUAGGGACAGGCAACCUUGGCUCUUUUAUGACUGGGGGGGGGGGUUGAAGUCCUCGAGUCAUAAAAGAGCCAAGGUUGCCUGUCCCUGUUCUAGGCAUAUCAAAGUCAUUAGGCAAGCUUCCUCAAUCCAGAUGCCCCUCCGUGAGCAAAAUCCCCAUGUCGGAAAGAUAACCAGGUUGGGGGUUUCUGAAAUACGAAACAAAGGCUUGUAUAAUCAUCCUCAUUUCAUCUUUCCUUUUUUUUUUUUUUUUAGCAGAGUUGUUGCAUAGACACCCUUGUUUCUUAACUCACAGUUCUUGCUCUCCUUUUGGGGAGGAAAUGUGAGGACUGAAACUGCUGUUCCACCACUCCAGCCCUGGGACUUCAUAUCACCAAAUGCUGUAAUUAGCCUAAGUAGCUGUAAGGUUUCAUUCAUCCACCCGCCCACCCCCAUUCCAUUAAUCUCUGCAUUCCUAAUUUUAAAGCUAAAGUAGCCCCACUGUUUAGUUUGGCUGCCAUCACCGCUCUCUGUAAUUGCAGUCUUCCCAGAAUAAAACCAAGCCAAUCCAUCA